GUAUCGAAACUCGAAAGUAGUGAUGAUCUCAACGUUAUGUUGACGUAUGAAAAUUUGCGGUAAAAAAAAGUGGGAUGUGUUCAGAAGGUAGCUGAGGCUGAUGAGCAUGGGCGGUAGAACUGUAUCAGCAGCCCGCCAGAGAGUCGCCGCCGUUCCGGAGGCCGCUCUCUCCUUUCCACCCACAGGAAUGAUGAAUGAAGAAAGAGAAUAUGAACCUUAGUUUCUCUUCAGGCACUAUAUAUAUAUUUCUCAAAAAGAGGUAAAAAAUGAAAAGCUUUAAUCCCACGAACAGUUUUUCCAUCUUUUGAUAAACAGUUUCUCUCCCUCUCCCGGUUCUCUCUCUCUCUCUCUCUCUCUCCGGCUCACGCUCCUUUCGCUCUCUCGACUCUCACCCCCGCGCUGUGCAGGCUCGUGCAUUAUCUCAUGAUAGGCUCAACAUCUUGCUUCACCUUAUCACAUUAACACGCCAAAUAAGAGAAGGGAAAGAGGAGGGAGGUGAACAGACAAAGAGGGAACUCUUUUCUCACAAUCUUCCCUUGUUUGGAUAGAGUUGCAUAAAAACGAUGUUUCAGAGUCGAUUGGUUUCCCUCCUUCGUCGAGGCAGGACAUCUCUUCUCUGUAGGGCUUCUUCUGAGGCUGGGGUCGCUUCUAGGGCUUCGUCUCAGACAAUCGCCAUCAAGGAGGUUGUUGAGCGAAGCCCCUACGUCUUCUUCAACCGGUUCAUCCACAAGGGUUUCUAUUCCCCACCAUCAAGAAACAUGUCUACUACGUCAACCUUGCUCUCUUCAGCAGAAUAUACAAAAGCUGGGAUAUCUAUGCUCGUAACAAAGGGGCCUGAAGCACAAAAAAAGGUUGGAAUGUGGAUCUUCGGUUGUGCUGCUUGGGUUUUUAGCAUGGUGGUGCUUGGUGGUGUAACAAGGCUUACACGGUCUGGCCUCUCAAUGACUGACUGGAAAUUUGCUGGAGGGCUUCCUCCUCUCACUCAGGAAGAAUGGGAUGCAGAGUUUGAGAAGUACAAGCAAUCUCCUGAGUACAAGAGGGUACACAGAGGCAUGAAUGUACAAGAUUUCAAGUUCAUAUAUUGGAUGGAAUAUGCACAUCGAAUGUGGGGAAGGGGAUUGGGCAUUAUUUUUGCUGUGCCUUUCACGUACUUUCUUGCUAAAGGAUACAUCACCCGCCAAUUAGGAUUAAGGCUUGCCACUCUCUUUGCACUGGGUGGUGGGCAGGGAUUUGUUGGUUGGUGGAUGGUGAAGAGUGGUCUCGAGGAACCUGUGUCCGAGUAUGUGGAACCUAGGGUGAGUGCAUAUCGCCUGGCUGCACAUCUUACAUCUGCUUUUGUAAUUUACUGUGGCAUGCUGUGGACUGGACUUUCAGUUGUUAUGCCACAACCACCCACUGGAACAAUAGACUGGGUUCGCGGAGCUGCUAAAGUGCGCAGGUUUGUUAUACCUGUAAGCAUUUUGGUAGGCAUCACUUCUGUCUCUGGAGCUUUUGUUGCAGGAAAUGAUGCGGGUCGCGCGUACAAUACAUUCCCAAAGAUGGGAGAUACAUGGGUUCCAGAUGACAUUUUUGAGCUGAAACCCAUUUUCCGUAAUUUCUUUGAGAAUACAUCAAUGGUUCAGUUUGAUCACCGAAUUCUUGCAACAGCAACACUGUUCGCUAUUGGGGCAAUGUGGUUUGCAACAAGAAAAUUGGACAUGCAUCCAGGAAUCCGUUCCCUGAUUGGGAGUACUCUUGGCAUGGCUGCUUUGCAGGUUACACUCGGCAUUUCCACUCUUCUUUCAUACGUUCCUGUUUCCCUGGGAACCGCACACCAAGCUGGGGCAUUGACAUUGUUAACAAUGAUGGUCAUCCUUACCCACACGGUCAGGAAGCCGUCUCCUGCCCUUCUCAAGUCUUUGGCUUCAUUACCUAAAUCCGGCUGAUUUCAAGACUGGCUUAAUCAAUGCUUGUGCCAAGAAAUUUCGCUUAUUGGUUCAGGUCUUUAUUCAGGAGAGGCUGCUGUUUAAGUCCCUUCAUGAACACAAUUUUCAUCAAAUAAUGCCAGAUUUUGCUGAAAUUUUCAUUCAGCACGGAGUCGCCACCAUUUCAUGGUAGAGGUAGUUUGUCACUAGGGUCAGAGUUAAAGUGGUGCAAAUUUUGUCCUGUAACAUUUGAUAAUAUUUGUUUAUUUGGCUUCAUGCGGAAUUGAGCUUGAGGAUAGGCAGAUGCGCCAGAUCUUAUUUGUUGCACCAGGAAUCUGACAAUAGUUUUGUAACAUUAUUCAAGCAUUCAUCGUUCACAUCAGCCAUAGAGUAUAACUGUUUUGUGGCUUUUGUUGUACACGAACCGAGACAUGCUAAUAAUAUGACAGAUGUUAAAUUACAAGAAUGUUGAUGUUGAUUUGUAA